UUGGGACAGAUCGGAGGACCGAUCUGGAUCUUUCCCUCGAAACACGUCAAUAAACCCCCACAGAACCCCCACUAAAACACACACCAGACUCUACCCAUGUAGCCAGCUGUCUCACGAACUCCGGGGACGUUGGGGGGAUGUAGGAUUCCUGUAUUUGACCCUGAGGCACAUCUGACCCAAACUGGGAGCUGAUGGAAAAAUUUUACCUGCUGCCUCACCCUCCCGCCUCACUGAGGUGACCCCAGGAGAAGUGGAACGCGAAUGACAGAGUGAGCCAGGGGAAUCUGAAAUUUGGGCCAAGAUAUCCUCCCACUGAGCCAGAAUUAAACCUGUUCCUAGUUUAUACACACACACAAAAAAAGAAAUACCCUAGACACUCAAUCAACUAUCACCAUGCUGAUCCCAGGACCACUGUGGGUGUGCUUGGCGCUGUUAUGUGUAGGAAGCUGUAGUGCUCACAGCCUGUUUACCUGUGAGCCAAUCAAAGUACAUCGAUGUCUGGGUAUGCCCUACAACAUGACCUUCUUUCCCAACAUGAUGGAGCACUAUGACCAGGACAUUGCAGCCAGUAAUAUGGAGCCUUUUAUGCCCCUGGUAAACCUACACUGCUCCCCGAGUGUCCACCACUUCCUGUGCCAAGCUUUUAUCCCACAAUGCACCGAGGAAAAAACCGUGAUCCUUCCAUGUCGAGAAGAGUGUAAGAUGGUGCUGUCGGACUGUGCAGAGGAUAUCCGAGUGUUCGGUAUCACCUGGCCUCCUGAGCUGCAGUGUGACAAAUUGCAGACCUGCUACCUGUUUGACAACUCUUUGUCAGCUCCUCCUGUAACAACCCCCGAGACCUCAUCAUCGGCGAAAAGGGACCUCGGCUUCUGGUGUCCACUGCAGUUAAAGACCAGACCAGGCCUGGGCUCCAUGUUCCUGGGGGCCCAGGACUGUGCUCCGCCUUGUUCUAACAUGUAUUUCAAACCCCAUGACAUUGAAUUUGCAAAGAGCUUCAUCGGCGUGUGUUCCAUCAUCUGCCUGGGAGCCACGCUUUUCACCUUCCUCACCUUCCUCAUCGACGUUAAGCGUUUCCGCUACCCAGAGCGUCCCAUAAUCUUCUACGCCGUUUGCUACAGCUUUGUCUCGCUCAUUUACUUUAUCGGCUUCCUGCUGGGGAACAACGCAGCCUGCACCAAAGCCGCUCAUCCUUCAGGCGUGGACACUGUGGUGCUGGGCUCUCAGAGUAAAGGAUGCACUCUGCUGUUUAUGCUGCUCUACUUCUUCUCCAUCGCUGGUAUCGUUUGGUGGGUCAUUCUUACCAUCACGUGGUUCCUAGCCGCUGGUCCCAAGUGGAGCUGUGAGGCCAUAGAGAAGAAAGCAGUGUGGUUCCACUCUGCUGCGUGGGGGAUCCCCGGGGCGCUAACGGUCAUGCUCCUGGCUCUCAACAAGGUGGAAGGGGACAACAUCAGCGGGGUUUGCUUCGUGGGACUCUACGACCUGGAUGCCCUGCGCUACUUCGUCCUGGCCCCGCUGUGCGUGGGCGUCAUAGUCGGCCUCUUCCUCCUCCUGGCGGGCAUCGUCUCCCUCAACCACGUCAGGCAGGUCAUUCAACACGACGAGCGCAACCAGGAGAAGCUCAAGAAGUUCAUGAUCCGCAUCGGUGUGUUCAGCUGCCUCUACCUGGUUCCGCUGGUCACCCUGUUGGCCUGCUACACCUACGAACAGAGCCACCGCAGCAGCUGGGAGACCACCUGGAUCAACGACCGCUGUCAGGAGUACAGCAUCCCCUGCUCCUAUAAGACCACAGAGAACAACCGUCCAGACCUGUCCCUGUUUCUCGUCAAAUACUUGAUGACGUUAGUUGUCGGGAUAUCCGCCGUGUUCUGGGUCAGCAGCAAAAAGACCUGCUCCGAGUGGGCCUACUUCUUCAACAGGACACGGAAGAGGGAUCCCAUCAGCGAGAGCCGCCGGGUUCUCCAGGAAUCCUGCGAGUUCUUCCUCAAGCACAACAGCCGAGUCCAGCACAAGAAGAAGCACUACAAGCCCAACUCGCACAAGCUCAAGGUCAUCUCUAAGUCCAUGGGCACGAGCACGGUGGCGGGCGCACCCACUAACGCCUCCACCACCACCGCUUCUAACCAAGGAACGUCAGCUCUGGCCAAUCACGGGCCUCACGCACAAGGCUCCCUGUCUGAGGUGUCGGCCAGGGAUCAUCUGGACCGUGGGACCUCGAACAGGAGCUCCAGGCGGGGAGAGCGGGGAGACAGGGAGAGGGAGAGGGAGAAGGAAGGGGGAGAGAGACGCAGUAAAGGGAGCUCCAGUAAGGUCAGCAGCCGCUCGGAGAGUUUACUCAGAGUCCCAGAUGGGAGGAUGACGCCGAGGAGUGACCUGUCCGAAGCCAGGCAGGUUUCCAGUGGACAGCAGCAGCAGCAGCAUCCAGCUUUAAACCUAUCACUGAGCAGCAGCAUUCAAGACUCCACCCACCAACUGGUGCACAAGGCACCUGAGGAGAGCAAGGAGGCAAAAGACAGCAACUGCUGAGAUGUUGGACCCUAAAGUUUUCCCACUAAACCAGCCGUCCAUCCCUGAAUUUAAUGGUGGCGCCUGUUUGAAAUCCCAGCAUCCCUUUGUGUUUCCUGGCAUAUAUUAUAUCAGCUGCAUGUGUCUGAGUAUAUGAUUGUCUUAAAUGCUGCCAGUUUAAUACAGCGUACCUCAUGCAUUUCAGAUGUGGUAUGUUUGGACCAGAAUGUGUUGGCUUUAGUGGAGUCUUAACGGGGUGACAUUAUUGACUUUGGGCGACUCCUGUGUCUGUCAGCUUUACUGAGCUUAUAUCCAUACAGUCAAACCGUGAAUGUUUCAUCAGCACAUGUGUAUAUGAAAUCCAACAGCAUUAAAGUACAAAUGUUAGGUCUACAGUUACUCAGACUGGUAGAUCAUAGUAGAGAGGCGAAAGAAAACAAUAUUUAUGUAAACCUGCAUUUUUUCUUCUUUUUUUUUUUUUUUUUUUUUUUUUUUAGAAGUGAAGUCUUACACUGGACUAGUCGUUACACUGUUGGUUUUAAGAAAGGUCAUGAUAAAGCCAAACAUUUAAUCUAAGGAAAAAGUCUUCCUGUGGUAAACUUUAUCUGAAUGUCUGUUGUUAGUAAAACAUCGUGUGUACUUUUUAUUAUUUUAAACAAGGCAUGCUCAUAAACUUGAUAAUUUUAAAUGCUGAUUUUUGAUAAAAAAAAAAAUUUUAUUACAGAAAAUACUCUAUCAUUUUGUGUAUUUCAAUUUUCUGCUAUUUUCUGUUGUUCAAGCCUUUAUUUUAUUUUUUUUAUUUAGAGUCUGCUCCCCAUAAAGACGCAUCCUAUGAAUCUGGAUCAAGUUUAGCUUUAUAGUUUUCUAAAGAAUGUGCCUUUCCUCGUGAACCUACACAUGGUUUGCAGGUGUAGGUGUUAAAUUCAUAGAUUUACAAUUAAAUAAGGAAACCAGUCAAAUGGGCUUUGCACUAUUUCUCACCAGAAGCACAAACCACUAAAUAUUAAGUGUGAAUUGUCCUAAUGACUGAAUAUCUGGGGUUUUAUUCAGGAUUUCUAUUUAACAUAUGGGUUCUGGACCAUAUAUCUCUGUAUUUCCACAUCUGCUUCUGUGACUACUUCACACUCUGUCAUGCUGCACUAUCUGUUUUGCUGUAAAAAAGGGUUGAAUUUUUCCCUUAAAAGUCUUUAAAUGGCCUAUUUGAGGGUCUCGGGAUGUCCCCAAUAACACUAAUUAAACAAAAGGGAAAUAUUUUUAGUCUUCUGCAGUUGAGAGGAGAUCUUGCUGAUGAUAAAACUAGACCUAGUGUAGUUUAAGACCAGUUUUUAUGGAGCUGUUUUUAAUGUGUUUUUAUUGUAGCCUGUAUUUCUGGCAAAAUUUUUGUAUCAAUACCAUUUAAUUUUGAUAAAAUACUGAAUAAAAAAAAGUGCAUUGAUGCUUG